AUGACGUCAUUAUUCUCUUCACUUGCCCAUAAUUUACGGGGACAGCUCAUCGCUCGUAUUGUAUCGUUUGCUAUCAACAUGUAUCUCUUAAGAAGAAUAGACAACGAUGUUCUGGGACUUGUCAAUGUCAGACUGACUCUCCUGUACUCGUCAAUUUUGUUCUUAACUCGAGAACCAUUGAGGAAAGCUGAAAUCAUUCGUGGAUCACUUCCGAAGUUUAUUAAUCUUCUUUGGCUGAGCCCUAUCAUAUCAUCAAUGCUUAGUGUUAUUUGUGUUUACCUCUGGUGCACUUUUUCAUCAACUUCUGAAGAUGUUUCCUGGAAUGUUCUACUCUCAUUUCCCAUAUCUGCUAUCAUAGAAUCGAUUGCAGAACCGUUCUCUGUUUUAUCUUUACGACUGGAGUCCACAUCAGGAUCCCUUGGCCAACAUUUUGCGAUAGGACAAGGGAUGUUAAUUUGUGUGAAGCGAAUCUUCGUUCUAGCUGGUCUUUUCAUAUUUCCCGAAAUGUAUCAUCUGGAUAUCUUCGCAUACUCUCAAUACUUUGGAGCAAUCGCUUAUCUUCUUUUUAAUUUUAUCGCAUUUUAUUUCUACAUUAGAAACAAAUCCAUUCCGGAGCUGGAAAAGUUCACUAGCUUCUCCGAUUUUCUUCCCAAGGCCAGUGAAGGAAUCGAUCGUGAUUCUAUGAAAGCAGUUUUCACAAUGUUCUCCCAUUCUAUUCUGAAACAAUUAUUAACUGACGGCAGUGCCUAUGUGAUGACAUUCACCGAACUUCUCAGUUUGAAACAUCAAGCUGUAUACGAUGCCGUUGAAAGAGUUGGAAGCAUCAUUGUUCGGACGAUCCUAUCACCAAUUGACGAAAAUUGUAAUGCCUAUUUUUCCAAUACGAUUCGAAAGGAGAGCAGUGUAUUCAGCAAGAAUACAGACAAUCAUGAUGAUUUAGUUGAGAAUCUUUCAACAAUUCUUCAUGUCGUUGGUGUUAUUGGAUUCGUCGCAUGCGUCUUCGGAGUACCGUACUCGUCAACCGCCAUCUCACUUUAUGGAGGAAAACUGCUAUCUGAUAACGGAGGAGCUCUUCUUCUUUCGUUAUACUCUGGAUACAUUUUGGUGACUGCUAUCAAUGGGAUUACGGAAGGAUUUGCAAUGGCGAGUAUGGAUAAUUAUCAGAUUUAUUCACAUGGGAAAUUCUUAUUUGUCACUUCGGCACUUCAUCUUUUCAUCAACUAUGUUCUCUGUGUCUACAUGAACUCUGCUGGAUUCAUCGUGGCGAAUAUUAUCAAUAUGACUGUCAGAAUUAUCUACAACUGGAAAACGAUCCGGCAAUAUCUCGGCGACCGCGCACCAUCCUUCACAACUGUUCUACCCACAUUCUCAACUGCUAUGUUCCUUGGAGCUUCAUUAUUUGCUACCUCGUUCUCCUAUCUGAUCUUUGCUACAACACCUGGUCUCUCUCAUAAUCUAUCUCACAUUGCGAUCGGAGCAGUUUGCCUAGUCAUUCUAGCUCAGCACACCAUUCAACAUGAUCCUGUAUUUGCUGCCAUCAUCGAUUCUCUGGCAAAGAAACAUCGAGAGUGA